CAUGGUACUCUUAGCAAACUAAUAGAGGAAAGUGAGAAAAGAUCACUGGAGAAUUUCACAGGAAAUAUGCCUUCGGAAUUAUGGAGCAGAAUUUCCCUUUUGAUUGAUGGGUGGUUACUUGAAAAGAAAAUAUCUUACAAUGAUGCAAAUACAUUACGAGAAAUGGUUCGGAAAAGGGAUAGUCGCCUUCGCGAAGCGUACUUGUCUUGCAGAGAUACCGAAAGCAGAGAAGUUAUGGAUAAUUUUCUGAAGAUGGCACUACCAGGAACCAGUUCUGGUUUGCACAUUGUCCACAUAGCAGCAGAGAUGGCUCCUGUCGCAAAGGUUGGUGGCCUGGCGGAUGUGAUAUCUGGCCUUGGGAAGGCACUUCAGAAAAAAGGGCAUCUAGUAGAGAUUAUUCUUCCCAAAUAUGACUGCAUGCAGGUUGACCAAGUUAGCAAUCUUAAGGUUUUAGAUGUUCUUGUGCAGUCCUACUUUGAAGGAAAUAUGUUCAACAACAAAGUUUGGACAGGGACUGUUGAAGGCCUACCUGUUUACUUUAUUGAGCCAGAGCAUCCGGCGAAGUUCUUUUGGAGGGCUCAGUACUACGGAGAGCAUGAUGACUUUAAACGUUUUUCGUACUUCAGCCGUGCGGCACUGGAAUUACUUUACCAAUCUGGGAAGAAAGUUGAUAUAAUCCACUGCCAUGACUGGCAAACUGCAUUUGUGGCACCUCUUUAUUGGGAUGUAUAUGCAACUCUAGGCUUCAAUUCAGCUAGAAUUUGCUUCACCUGUCACAAUUUUGAAUAUCAAGGAAGUGCUCCAGCUUGUGAUUUAGCAUGGUGUGGCCUUGAUGUUGAGCACCUAGAUAGACCAGACAGGAUGCGGGACAACUCACAUGGAAGAAUAAAUGUUGUUAAGGGUGCAAUUGUGUAUUCGAACAUCGUGACAACUGUCUCACCAACAUAUGCACUAGAAGUUCGCUCGGAGGGUGGGCGUGGACUCCAAGAUACACUUAAAGUACAUUCCAGGAAAUUUCUUGGGAUACUUAAUGGAAUUGACACAGAUACAUGGAACCCUUCCACUGAUAGGUAUCUCAAGGUCCAGUAUAAUGCUAACGAUCUCAAGGGAAAGGCAGCAAACAAAGCAGCCCUAAGAAAACAGCUAAACCUGGCUUCUGCAUAUCCUUCACAACCGCUGGUUGGUUGCAUUACAAGACUAGUUCCUCAGAAGGGUGUACAUCUCAUCAGGCAUGCAAUAUACAAAACGGCUGAAUUGGGAGGACAGUUUGUCCUUCUGGGUUCAAGUCCAGUACCAGACAUUCAAAGGGAGUUUGAAGGUAUUGCAGAAUAUUUUCAGAACAACAACAAUAUCCGGCUGCUUUUGAAGUACGAUGAUGCUUUGUCUCAUUGUAUAUAUGCUGCAUCUGACAUGUUCAUUGUUCCCUCUAUAUUUGAGCCAUGUGGCCUCACUCAGAUGAUAGCUAUGAGAUAUGGUUCCGUGCCAAUUGUUCGAAAAACUGGUGGAUUGAAUGAUAGUGUGUUUGACUUUGACGAUGAAGCAAUUCCUAUGGAAGUGCGAAAUGGCUUUACAUUUGUCAAGGCCGACGAGCAGGGACUAAGCGGCGCGAUGGAAAGGGCGUUCAACUGCUACACAAGAAAACCUGAGGUCUGGAAACAGUUGGUGCAGAAAGACAUGAGGAUAGAUUUCAGCUGGGACACUUCAGCUUCGCAGUACGAAGACAUCUAUCAAAAGGCAGCGGCUCGAGCGAGGGCAGCAGCUUGAUGAGCACGGAGAGCGCAUGUUUCGUGAAGCCUACAUACAUGCCCUUCUUCUCCCCGGCCCGGCCCUUGGCUACAAAUGCUCAUUUGCUGAUAGGAUCAGGGAUCAGAAUCAUAUAGGAAGUUGGAUGCUCUUAACGCACAUUUCCUUGGUGGCAGCCAAUGUGACCUAUGCCUGGCAAUACAUUAAGGUGUCUACUGAGGCACACAGAACGCAAAGGCAGAAGCAGGCGUUGGCCAUCUAUCACGGAUAUGAUGAAACUGAUAAGUUUGUAGCACGUGCACUGUUGUUGGCAUAAAUUGGUGUAAAUUAUGAACUGUACAUGUGCUGUGUGCAUAGUCGUACUAUUCCCGAGGAAGAAAUCUUAUGGUCCAUGA